AUUUCGAUACAAAUAUUUCGUUUAUGAUCAUAAACUGAAUCGACUGAAUCAGAACAAAACAUUGAAAAAUAUGCAAUUCGAAAAUACUGUAACUUGCAUAAUUCUGACAACUUAUUCGGUAACUCUCAGUUGCAUCAUUUGAAACAGUUUAAAGUUUUCUUUCACUCAUAUUCUGCCAGAGAAUGGAGAACACAACUUGUUUACAAACGUAAAAAACCCGCGAUAUCUAAAGCUGCAUUUCGUUUUUCAAAGUUUCAGAUUUAUGGAAAAUAUAGUUUUAUGUUAUUAUUUCUGAGAAAUUCAAAUUUUCUGUAGACUGAACUUGAUGUCAUUGACACUGCACUAUCAGCAAUGAACUUCACUAAACGAAGUUUUGUUUUUGCCGAGGAGCAAUACUUUUCAAUAGAUGAUAUAUUAGCUACUGAAGAGAGAUUACCUUGCCGUUUUGAUCAAGGAGUAAAGAAAUUAGGUUUUUUAGAUCCCUCAAGUGGAACUGCUGAUUUGGCACAAGGAACAAAACUGGAAAUACCAUUAUGGAUGGCUCAAGCUUUACAGAGUCGUCGCAUUAUUUCAAUAGAUUUGCCCAAGGUUUAUAAAGAAGGAUACAGAAAAAUUUUAAAUGCAGAUGCUACUAUUGUUGAUUUACAUAAAAUGGGACCUUACUUUUAUCAUUUUGGUUUAUAUUUACUUAAAUUCAUACACCAAGAUUCAGAAGAAAUCGGUAAAAUGUUGAGUGAGACAUUCAGAAAUCGUUUUAGAAUGCUGAUGGAUACAUCUCAGAAUGCCUUAGAAGAAGAUGCUGCAACAUUAACUGCAAACUUAGACAGAACUGAAGUUGCCCUUUUUAAUGUGGGUCACAAAAGCCUUCUUGAUCUGAAAAAUUGGAUGCAUCGGAAGAAUCAAAAAAUAUUGACUGCUGAUCUUGUGGUGAACCACAAAAAAAGGAAACGGACUAUUAUGGAAGAAUCUUAAAAAAAUGUUCCUUUAAUUUUUCUAAUUUUAUGUACAUGUUUAUUAAAUUAAACUUUGUUUUUCUUUUGUAUUUUAACAUUAAAGUGUUUUACAAAUUCAAAUUGUGUUUAUUUAAA